UAAUGACUCGGGGGCGCCAAAAUCCAAAUGAACGAAAACAAAUGUUAUUUCCCCCUCUUUCUUCUCCGUGGGUUAGAAUCCCGAGUCCCACUUUUUCUCCACUUUCUUCUUCUCCACUUUCGUCUACCCCUGCAAAUCCACCCAUCCCGAGCUUCGUUCUUGCUACACGGACUAGCAAAACCUUCAGAUUCCAUACUUUAGAAAUUGUAGCAUUGUGGGCUGGCAACCUGUACUACGUGCUUUCCACAGAGAGAGAGAGAGAGCGACAGAGAGACAGGAGGGGAAGAAGAAAGCUUUUGACAAAAAGCUGUGUUUCGGGAGGAAACUGGGCGAACCCAACGCUACAAAGGAAAAUUUAAAGGUUGAGGUAAAGAAGCUGGAGUUUUCCGUGCAAGCGUCUUCUUAGUAUAUUGGCAGAGGGACCCUUUUAAGCACUUCACUACCCCUUUGCAUAGGGUAACCUGCCUCAUAUACCUUGGGGUCAACCAUGUUAAAAUCUCAAUAUGUCCUCAUUGCAGCCAUGAUGUGCAUGGCAUAAACACAAGAAACCGUUCACCACUACCUUCAUCAGUCCACAGCAAUCUGCAUGACAACCCCGAUGGACAAAAGCUGGAUGAAUUUGACCGAUAGGCUUGUAUCACCUGCAUACGCCGAGGGUGUUAACAAUUUCCUCACCUUGGCACGAAACCAUUCUUGGGGAAGUGAUCGCAUUCGGUGUCCAUGCCGUACAUGCUAUAAUAAUCUCUUCUUGCCUAUAUUUGAUGUGGAGACUCACUUGUUCAUUAAAGGGAUCAAUCCAAAUUACACCCAAUGGAUAUUUCAUGGGGAGGAGGAAACACAGAGUUUCAAUGACGACGAUGAUGAUAGUGUUGCUGAUUAUGCCGACGAGUACAUUGAUGACAUGGACCAUAUGUCAGAUGAAAUUCGGGCAGGCACAUUCGUUGAUGCUCCCCAUGAUCAUAGCAAUCCAUUGCCAACUAGUCGAUCAAUACCAGAUCCCUCCCCAAGUUCGUCUUUCGACCAGCUAUUAGAAGAUGCCCGACGUCCACUUUUUGCCAGCUGUACAAAAUUCUCAAAACUAUCACCUGUUAGAGAACCUGAACCUAACGGAGAAGAUAUCGCUGCGAAUGCCCCCGUGGUGCUUGCAAUAAACCAGGAACAGAGGAAACAUGGACGUGGGCCCGCUAAGUGCACUGAGUUCUUGAAGUUGAGGAAGCAUGGAAAAGUGCCUUUGAAGAUUAAUGACGGUGAAACAGCACCGUGUUGUGAGAACGCAUCCAUGUUUACGACACGGGUAACAUGGAUAGUGAAUCAUCACUGCGACAUGAGUUAUUCGAAAUGGACCGAUGUGCCAAAGGCACAAAAGGACGAGUUGAUUGACCGUGUUCGGGGUGACUUCGUGCUGGAUUGGGAGCUGGAGAAUCAUAGAUUGACAGUCUUGAAAAAGCUGCGUAAGCGGUUUAAUGCAUUCCAUCAUGAAUUACACAAAAAAUAUUUAUCAUAUGGAAGUCACGAAGAAGCCUUGGCUUCUGGGACUAGCAUGGUCGACCCCCUUGUCUGGGUUAAGCUAUGUGAGAGGUGGGGAAGCGACGCCUUCAAGAAAAUCUCAAGCCAAAAUCGGGAGAAUCGGAAGAGGCUAAACAUUAACCACACAGCAGGCCGUAAAUCCUUUGUGAGGAUACUGGAGGAGAAGCGGGCUACAAAGGCGAACUUGGUGGAGUUCUAUAAGGAGACUCGUUGGUCUAAGAAGAAUGGUAAAUUUGUCAAAUCAGCCACUGAAGACACUUAUAAGGAGAUGGUUGGAAAGCUGGAUGAUCUAGAGCCUGAGAAACGCACCGAUGAUGCAGCAGCGAGUGUCUUUAGGGAGGUGUUUGGUCAUAGACCAGGAUAUGCAAGGGGGCUAGGAGAGAUGGUCAUCCCGGAGUCGACAAGACAACGUGACCGUGAACGAGAAAAAGAGUACCUAGCUUUAGUUGAAAAACACAAGAAAGAUGCCGACCAUUACAAGACUCAGCUUGAUGAAAUGAGGGGAGAAAUGCGAGUACUUCUGGGGAGGCAAAAUGAAAUUGACAAAAUGUUGCGGAGUUUCUUCGCCAAUUUCCCGUCUCACGGAGAGUCUCUUGGAGAGACUCAGUGAGCUGGUUACCUUCAGAAAUUAUGGGAAGGGUUUUUUUUUUGUGUAUUUUGGGUCAUUUACAAAUGGGGGGCAACUUUUGUUGUGACGUAAUUAAGGAGGAUAAAAGGGAGGGCAGAUGAUCCGCAAAUGGGGUGGAUGGGAUUGGUCGCCUUUCGGCGUGGAACAUUUGGAUUGCAUGACUGAUGUUGGUAAUUAAUUGGUCUCGUCUUUUGCUUGUAAUUGAGCGACGCAACUUUGGCUCAAGGAUUCUCCGUGGGCUGGAUGAACAGAUUCAAACCGUUAAAAUGCAUCGCAACGAGUGGGUGGUGAUCAGUGGGUUGCUGGAUUUCUUGAGAUGUUUGAAGAACUCUGCCAUAAAAUGAUUGAUGUUUGCAUGCCAAUUUCAUAAUCAAAAUAUCCCACCUGUACGAGGACAUGGUUGCAGUGAUGUUGAAGAUGUUCCACCCACCCCUGCCAGAAAGCAUAUUAUUACUGCUGCAUACCAUCUGUCUAUGUAAAUAGAGGAGCACUUAUUUGAGUGAAUGUGGAGUGUAUGUUACUGUUAGUCUAUGAAUAU